AUGAUCUUCAAUAACAAAACAACUCCUCAAUUAGAUGAAAAGGAGACAGGUGAAAUACACACUAUUCAAUCAAGUUCAUUAUACAAAUGCAUUCUUCGAAAUAAACGAAAAUGCAUUAUUUCUACUCUUUUAAUUAUUCUAGCUAUUACUAUUUGGACAGCUGCUCUUCUAACUAAGAAAGAAACUGGUAAAGAAACAUCAUUGGCAAUAUCAGAUAUAUCAACAACAAUCACAGCAAUGACUACCGAAGCAGCAGUAACAACAGAAUUAUUAACGACUACGAUAUCAGCAGUAAUUACUACAACAAAAGCAUCAGUAACAUCAAUAACAAUAAAAGUUUCGUUUCCAGGUAGAUCCGAUUUUACAUCUGAACUGCGUCCAACGGUUGGUCUACGAGGCGAUUUCAUGGGCUAUGCAUAUUGUCCUGCAAAUACAUGGGCGUAUGGUUUUCAACAACGUGUCGAACCACCUCAGGGUGGAAAUGAUGAUUCUGCUUUGAAUGCAGUACGUUUAUUUUGUCGAGGAAAAAAUGUUGCUGACAGUUACACGAUUAGUUCAUAUGACGGACUAUGGGGCGAUUGGGGCGAUUCUGUCUCCUGUAACACUACAAAUAAUGACUUUAUAUAUUACGCUAUGUUUCGAAUCGAACUUGCUUUAGGCAUUAAUGAUUAUUCAUCAGCAAACGAUUUUAGAUCUCGAUGCUGGAACGGCACUACAAAUAGUAGUGGAUAUCUUCAAGCUGCAAAUGGUGGACAGUGGGGUUUUUGGCUGCUUGGAGCUGCUUGUAAAUCAGGAUCAGCUAUAUGCGGCAUUAACACUAGAUUUGAGGCGUACCAAGGUCCUACUGCUGAUGAUACAGCAAUGAAUGGUGCAUUUUUCGGAUGCUGCUCCCUUUAA